UCGACGGAGUCAUUGUCACCGCCGCUGUGCGAGGGCGCGCGACCUGCGCUUCAACGCCUGCGCCGCUUUCUGUCCGCGUUACAGCAGUUUGCUCCAGAGGGCAGCGCAGACACCGGAGACAGGGUGCGACAACUGAUCUUCAAUCUUGUUGCGGGCACAAUGAGCAUCGAAGAGUUCCAGGCGGGCGUGCAGGAAUGUACUAACUACCCGCUGCGCGCUUCCGUACCCGGCUUCUUACGUGCCCUGCUACCUCUCGCACAGAGAGAUCUACACGCGCGCGCCCGGAGGGCAAAGCAGACGCCGCUUCAGUACAUUCGCGGGCACGAGUACCUUGUACUGGAGGGUUGCGGGGAGGCUGCAGACAUCUUCGCGCACCAGCACCCCAUGGAGCCCAUCAAGCGGCGAGCUAGCGAUCCGUUCUACGAGGCAUCACAGUCGAACGGUUCCCAUGAGGAGUUCCCGCCGCAGGCCAAGCGAGCACCCUCUAACCUGCUACUAAAUCCAUCUCCCUUUCUCUGCCCGUUGCCUAGUAACGCCAGCUUGUUUGACUACGGACAUCCCUACCCUGUUUAUCAUGGCGGACAAGAACCUCCCUAUGAAAGGAGAGAUGGUGGCAUAUCAGUACGCGACGUGUCUUCAAUGAACGCGUCACUGGGGGAGGCGCGGGGUGGAGGGGUCGGGGUCGGGGGGAAGGGGGACGACGAGUGGCGCAACAUCAACACCAUGCUUAACUGCAUCCUCUCUAUGGUGGAGAAGACAAAACGUGCACUCGCCAUACUGCAGCAGAGAGGCCUGGAAACAACAGAAAGCAAUGAGAUAAAGCGCGCGGCGAACGAGAUUAUGGCUUCUGCGGUCAGACAGACGGAGGAGCGCGUCGCUGAAGUGCGGAGGCGAGCUGAGGAUGCUGUUAACCAGGUGAAGCGUCAAGCGCUGCUGGAGCUGCAGCGGGCGGUGGGCGCGGCGGAGAGCAAGGCGCUAGAGCUGGUGACUACGGAGCGCGGCAAGGAGCGCCGCCACACGCCUCCGCCCCAGGCCCCGCCGCACGACACCCCCGCCCCCGCACCGCAGCAGAACUGCUGCUGGAAUUGCGGACGCAAGGCUCAGGAGACAUGCUCGGGCUGCGGCGCGGCGCGGUACUGCGGCGCCUUCUGCCAACACAAGGACUGGGAGAACCAUCACCAGGUUUGCAGCGGCCGUGACCAAAAGCCGACCGCUCUUCACCGCACCUCUCCGCCGACUACCAUCACACCUCUCGCCAAAACCCUGCCUCGAGCAACCACACCGAUAUCAACCGGAACCAAUCCGAACCCGGUUACAACAGGUUCCGAGAGCAGAUUGUCAUUCACAACACUGAACUCUGCUGAGCGAUUACUUGCCAAUAAUCAGGAUAGAAAUGUUCCAAGUAAUUCUGACAGAAUAACUCUGGCUAAUCUGUCCACAGCUCAGGGACUUAUAGGAGGCAUUGGUGGGAAGAAAUGACGCAUCAACAAGGAGAUUCUUGCCAACGCUACCAAAUACCCGAGGAAAGUUAGAAGAUA